UUACGCUUUCAAGUUCAGUUACUGGUGGAGGCUGUAUUGCAUUUCUUGGGGGCAUUGCUUCAUUUUCUCUUGACUCGACGAAGGAAAUAGACCAAACGUUUUGGGUUCAAUCUGGAGUGGAGUUCCAUAUCAUUCGUGGUUCAUAUACAAACCCUUUAAUAUUUCGAGGAUUUGGUGAAGGCUCAUCCAUCUUCUAUGCCGUAUCGGAUCAAACAAAAAUACAGAAUUGGAAUUAUGAUUCUGCAACUGGUUCCAUGAUCAUUAACACAAGCUCCUCUGGUGCUUCAUCAGAUAUAAUUAAUAUAGAUCUCGGCCCAGGUUAUAACGCAUCACUAUUUACUGUCAGGUUCAGCACAACAGGAAUUAGUAAUAGCAACGUAUGGCAAGUUUCUAUCGCAGUUAAAUAUAAUGGGGAAUCGCCGGAAACGACUCCGCCUUCUGAAUGUAGGUUACCAAGUAGCAUGGAUUAUGGUCAAUGCUCGGUUCUUCACCUUUCUAGUUCCUCAUCUCUCCCACCACCAUCAUCGUCAUUAUCAUCAUCAUCUUCUUCUUCAUCAAUCAAAGCCACACAAGUUUCAUCUAGUCUAAAGUCAACCCAAGCAUCUUUAAAUGAACGUGAAACAAGCUCGAGGUGUAGUAGUACAAAUACAAAGACUGAAUUUGAAACUACAAUUUACACAACCCAUCGGGAAUACGUUACUGGGACCCACUCGCUACCAAUCACACUUUCUUCUACAGUAGUAACAUAUUUUGUUACUGUAAACCAAAUGGAGACAAUGUCGAUUAGCUAA